AUGUACGUGGUGGCACUCGCCGUGUGCAACGCCAUCUAUCAGUUUUCGCCCAUGAUGGAUCUGCUGAGCAAUGUUCACGGGAGAUGGUGGAUGGGCAAACCGUUGUGCGACCUGCAUAAUUACUUGACCAGUGUCGGUUCGGCUUCGCAGAUCUGCAUUCACGUCAGCAUCUCCGUCAACCGGCUGUGGGCAGUGCAUUCUCCCAUCUCGUACCGGCAACAUCACAACCGAAAAGUGGCGCUGUUGAUCUGUUUCGCCGCGGUGCUCUUCGCUCAUUUGAUCGAAUUGCCCGGAUGUGUCCUCGACGCGCUGUACUAUUCCAUUGAUUAUCUGGAGCACGGUUGCCACGUGGACUACAUGAAACAAAUCCUGUGGAGCCAUUUCGAUUUCGCGCUGCAUGCGCUGACAUUGAUGUUCAUCAUCGUGGCGUAUGUGCAUUUAUGUAUCAACCGAUGGAAACGACACCGGAAGAACGCAGUCUAUACGUCAGGAAACGAAUCCGGUGCAAGUGACCGACAGAACACCCGGAAAGAAGCGAGUAAACCGUUUUUGGUGUUGUCUUUGACGGCCGUCAGCUGUUUCAUCUUUUGGACACCGGGUAUUGUUAGCUUCGGUACGAUUAAAUAUUCGGGGAAAUGGAUACCGGAAAAUGUGCUAUCAGUGGCCAUGACGAUGUACUCCAUACAGGCGAUAUUUGAUCCGUGGUUAUUCGCAUUCAGUGUGCUGGCAACAAAGAAAAAAUGGAGCCUGGCUGGUUUUGGUAAAUAA